UAAGGAAGAAUCAAUUCUUGUGUAGGGGUAAGUUUGUAAUGUUAUGCAUUUUAUUUUUUCUACCCUUGGAGUUUAUAUAAACAUUCAAGCACCCAUGGUUCGUGAAAGUACUCAAUCCGUGUAAAAAUAUGGAGGAUGUGAUAGUCCUGUACCCUUCUCCCGGAAGAGGCCAUUUAAUUUCCAUGGUGGAGCUUGGAAAGCUCAUACUCAGACUUUACCCAUCUUUCUCCGUCACAAUCAUCGUCUUAAGCACACAAAACACAAAUUCUGCCGCCAACGCCCAAUAUGCAGCCAGCUCUACCGCCCAAUACAUGGCCGCCGUCAAUCUGCCCCCUAUCUCCGAAGUCCCUUCCACUCCUUCCCCAUUAGAAUCCCUCUUCUUAUUCCCACGCCUCAACAACCCAAAUCUCCACCAAACCCUCCAAACCAUCUCCCAGACUUCCAACCUCAAAGCCUUUAUCAUUGAUUUCUUCUGUGAUGCUGCCUUUGAAGUGGCCGCAAACCUUAGUAUUCCAACGUACUAUUUCUUCACCUCUAGCGCAAGCGGUCUAAGCAUCUUUCUAUACCGCUCCACUUUGCAUAAAACCAUCGACAAAAGCUUUAAAGACCUCAAUAAUAUACUUCUUGAUAUUCCCGGCUUACCGCCGACCCUGGCUUCAGACAUGCCACAAACUGCAUUAGAUCGGAAUUCUAAGGUGUAUGAGUAUUCCUUGAACACUGGAAUCAACAUGGCCAAAUCAAAUGGACUAAUCGUCAACACGUUCGACCAGCUCGAAAGAAAAGCAAUUGGGGCAAUAUCGGAUGGACUGUGUGUGCCAGAUGGACCGACUCCGCCAAUAUUUUGCAUUGGACCUUUGAUUUCAGGCAGCAAUCAAGACGGAGAUGAUGAUCAGCACGAGUGUUUGAAUUGGCUAAACUCGCAACCGAGUCAAAGCGUCGUGUUCCUGUGUUUUGGAAGCAUGGGAUUGUUUUCUGCGAAACAAUUGAGAGAAAUGGCAGUAGGAUUAGAAAACAGUGGCCUAAGGUUCCUGUGGGUGGUGAGAAAUCCACCACCAGAAAAAAACAAAGAGCCAAAUUUGGAUGAGUUGUUGCCAGACGGUUUCUUGGAGAGGACCAAGGAGAGGGGUUUUGUGGAGACGCAAUGGGCUCCACAGGUGGAAAUUCUGAGCCACGGCUCGGUGGGUGGGUUCGUGACUCACUGCGGGUGGAACUCAGUGCUUGAAGCGGUGUGUGGCGGCGUGCCGAUGGUUGGGUGGCCUUUGUAUGCGGAGCAAAGGAUGACCAGGUUGGUAUUAGUGAAGGAAUUGAAGGUGGCGUUGACAGUGAACGGGUCGGAAGACGGGUUGGUGAGUGCGGCCGAGUUGGAGAAGCGAGUGAGGGAGUUAAUGGACUCGGAAGCAGGUAAAGAGGUGAGAGAGAGGGUUUCAUGCAUGAGAGAUGAUGCUGUGGCAGCCGUGAAAGAGGGAGGCUCCUCUCGUGUUGCAUUGGCCAAGUUAGCUGAGGUGUGGAUGGCGACGACGUCCAUACUCUAAAAGAUAUUAGUAGCUGUAAUAAGUUAGGUAAUGUGGCAUUAUCUUUUUGCAUUUAUUUUUCUAGGUGUAGCUUCUAAGUUUUAACCAUUGGAAAAUAAAAUAUGAGUUUAUUUCUGUGUC